GGGGCAGCGCUGCUCGGGCUCGUGGCAGAGGCGCUCGCACCAUGGCCGAGGCUUCUGCUCCCGCCCGGGUCCCGGCGCGCCGGCACUACCGCGUGCAACUGCGCUUCGUCACCGAGGAGCAGCUCUUCGCCGCGGGGCCGCUCUCGCUUCCCACCCUGAAGUCUCUGCGGCUGGAGGUGCACCCAGCAGGGGAGGAGGCGGAUGCGACGGUGACUGACGCUGAUGGUGUCUGUGUCUUCAAAUGCUCACUCAACAGAGGCACUGAAUGUUGCUGUGUGGGGAAGGAGUCCAUCUUGAUUUCUCUGGGCUACCACAGUGCUUUGCUGAAGUUUGAGUCUCAUGCUGAAUUCAGCGCAUUUUCAAAUACCUUGAAAAGAUGCCGGCAUGAGGAAAAGGAAUACUCAGUGUUCAGCCAGCGGACAGAAGAGGCGUCUGCCGUACAGUACUUCCAGUUUUAUGGCUGCCUUUCCCAGCAGCAGAACAUGAUGCAAGAUUUUGUGAGGACAGCCACUUACCACAGAGCCAUCCUCCAGAACCACACUGACUUUAGAGAUAAGGUUGUUCUAGAUGUUGGUUGUGGAUCAGGAAUACUGUCAUUCUUUGCAGUACAGGCCGGAGCUCGGAGAGUCUAUGCAGUUGAGGCCAGUUCAGUAGCACAAUAUGCUGAGAUGCUAGUGAAAAGUAACCACCUUUCAGACAAGAUCAUUGUUUUGCCAGGGAAAAUUGAAGAAAUCUCACUUCCUGAGGCUGUAGAUGUGAUCAUUUCAGAACCAAUGGGAUACAUGCUGUUCAAUGAAAGGAUGUUGGAAAGUUACCUUCAUUCCAAAAAAUGGCUGAAAGCAAAUGGAAUGAUGUUCCCGACGUUCGGCGACAUCCACCUGGCCCCCUUUUCUGAUGAACAGCUGUACUUGGAACACCACUCCAGAGCCAACUUUUGGUACCAGCAGUGCUUCUACGGGGUUAACCUUUCCAGUCUCCGGGGUGCUGCGGUGGACGAAUACUUCAGACAGCCAAUAGUAGACACAUUUGACAUUAGGAUUUUGAUGGCUCGGACAGUCAAGUACACAGUAAACUUUAUGGAUGCAGAAGAGGCAGAUCUCCACAGAGUAGAAAUUCCGUUUGUGUUUCAGAUGGCGCAGUCUGGCCUCAUCCACGGCCUGGCAUUCUGGUUUGACGUGGCCUUUGUUGGCUCUCUGGUAACAGUUUGGCUGUCAACAGCGCCCACUGAGCCUCUGACUCACUGGUAUCAGGUGCGGUGCCUUCUUCAGACUCCUCUCUUUGCCAAGGAAGGAGAGACCCUCUCAGGGAGAGUGCUGUUUGUGGCCAAUAAACGACAGAGCUAUGACAUUCAGAUCGUGGCGCUGGUAAACCAGACGGGCUUCAGGUCUGGGAACACCCUCGAUUUAAAGAAUCCUUUCUUUAGGUUUGCUUAGAAGAUAGUGACAAGCCAAGCCAUAAGUAAAUGAAGGCCUGAGAAGUCCCUUGACAUGCAAGUUAAUCCUUCAUGUUCACAUGCAUUCUGAAUUUUACAAGGAUGUUUAGGUUUAUUUAAAUUCCUUUUUUCCACCUUAACUUUAAAAUGUGCAUCCUUAUUUUACUGACAAAUCUAUUUCUUGGUGCUUCUUUACCUGGACUGGUCCUUAACAGCUUUCUGCAUGUAGCCAAAGAAUGAUU